AAGACUUGCCAAUUUUUUUGAGAACCCAGAUUGGAAUAUGUAGGAGGAAUCCACUAAACGAUAAACAAGACAAGAUGGAAAUAUUAAAUUAAAUACUUUUACAUCAAGUCACAUACCUAUAGAAAAAAUGAUAAAACCCCCUGAAUUAAACAAAUGAAAUUAAUAUCUGGUCCAGGCAAAUAAAUUGAAGUCAAGAGGAGAAGGAAGAGUUAGUUGUCUGAAAACCUAGUACUAUGUCUUCCCCUUUCUUAGAGAGUCCAUAUUGGGACAUGAUGAUGCAGGAGCCUUCAGAAAUAUUGUUCCAAUCGUUGUCAAGCAAUGAUGUUCUUGACCCUCUGCACGAUUCUCUUUCGUUCGACAUGGUUGACUUCUCAACGGCAGCAACAGAAGGAAAGAAAGUGGUGGUGGAGUCUGAAGUGAAGAAAAGGGAAAGGUCAUACAUAGGUGUGAGGAAAAGGCCUUGGGGAAAAUUUGCUGCAGAAAUCAGAGACACCACAAGGAGUGGGAGAAGGGUUUGGCUUGGAACCUUUGAGAGUGCAGAAGCUGCUGCUUUAGCUUAUGACCAAGCUGCAUUUUCCAUGAGAGGCCAUAAUGCUGUACUCAAUUUCCCUGUCAAAAGGGUUAAAGAGUCUUUGCAAGAGAUCCAAUAUACCUGCUUCAAUGGCUCUUCUCCUGCUCUUGCACUCAAGGCCAGGCACUGCAAGCAAAAACACUUGUCAAAACCCAAAAACUCUAAAGGGAAAGACAAAUCAAACCCAUGUCUAGUGGUGUUAGAAGAUUUGGGAGUUGAUUAUCUAGAGCAACUUCUAAGCAUAUCAGAACAAUCUGCAAGCCCUACCUACUUCAACUAAAUCUUCCUCACUAUUUUUUCUUUCUUUUUCCUUCUUGUUUUACAUAAUCAACAAUUUCUGUCUUGGGCGUGUCUAUGUAUUAUGAAUUCUCAUUACUAAUAUACAUGUCCAGUGCCAAUUAGAAUAUUUCUACAGGUAUAUUAUUUGAUCCAUAAAGAAAAUGUUAUCAUUGUCAGUGAUUGAAUCAAUUGGGAGUAUGAACUUCUGUAGUGAAUUACAUUUUUUCCACUCUACUCUUUAGUUGAACCUGAAUUCAAAUUCAUGCUGGCACCUACAUUUUCGAUGCCUCUCUUAUACAAACUCAUGACUCAUUUUCAACACACAUUUCAAGAAUUCUAAUAAAGUCUUGGAUAUAUAGCUAAUGAUGCAAUAGGAUGAAAAGCUUUUUCCUGCAUGAGUGAAUAGUGACUUAAUUAUCAUUUCUAGAGCAUAGUUUGCAGUUAGAAACCUUAUUGUCGAAAAUAGUGACAUUCCUAUGUAACUAGAUUUCAAUCCGAAUCGCAACAAACCAAAUCACUCACAACCCACAGAUUGUUCUUCUUCUGCAAAAGUUCAUUUUGGCAGAUUCAUCAGGCCCUUUUUAGUUAGUAACUGGGAAAGAAAGAUUUCAUUGAAACAUAAUGAAAUUUGUUUUACCAUCAUGACCGGAUAUCCAAAACUCAGACCAGUGACAUUUUUAGAGACAUUUAUCAUAGUUUUUAGGGACCUUUGUGUUAUAUCUGAUGUCUGGCUUGUCCCUUAAAUUUCUUUAUAUCCACAUUUGUAAAUUGUGAUCAAUCAAUUCAGUGUAGAUUUUGCAAUCACUGUAACCAGGAGAAGGAUCGAAAGUAUACAAAAUACUAAAAUCAAAUGUUCUUAAACUCAUUGAGUACAUCAAGUCUAACACAGGAAAACCUAAAAAAGUCUGAUGAAAUUAAGAAACUAAAAAAUUUGUCUGUGAAUAUGAACAAUAGAAUAUUUCUAUAAUAGGUCAUCACUGUAAUAGGAACCCAUUAAGAAGAGUUAUUCUGUAUGAAUUUACCUUUAGCAGCACUUUGCAAU